AGGCAACAUAUGUAAACGUUGAAGUACGUUAGGAUAGGAUAUGCUAGGAUAAAGACGAAAAAGAGGAGACAUCUCUUACAUACUUACAUUGAAAUAUACUGAUAUUUACAAAACAUCUAGUGGGAAUUAUCAAGAAUAAGAUGCUCAACAGCGAUGAACACAGGACGAAUUACACAAGACAAUAUGACUUUCAAAACCAGUGCAGCUCUGGAGAUGUACAGUGUGAUUUUGUCUUUAAGAAGAAAGCAGAUGGAGUGGAUCAUCCAUUUCCAAACAAGGCUAUAAUCCACAGACGAGCACCUAGGAAACAAGUCCCUCUUGGUUUGGAUAAUUUUGAGAAAAUUUGUAUUUCAACACAAGAAAGGAGCAAUUUUUUGCCUGAAAAAGAUCAUUCUCAUGUCAUCAGAAAUACCACAGAAUCAAGGAAAACUUCCCAAAGAAUGCCCUGUGCAGAGCUGGAGAUGGAUGGAAAAAUUUAUGCCAAAGAGCAAAUACUGCUGGAGAAGCUGGGGAAGGUAGAGCAAACAAUAAGGAAAUCAAUCCAGUAUGACGGUGGAGACACCCUAACAGGUAAUGUGUUCAAGAGCAGAUUUGAGGGGCAACACAGUGAAGAAAGCAAACAUAAAAAACCUCAGAAAUCCAUGAUAUCUCACUUUAUGGACAUAGAAGAAGAAGACUGCCAUGGCAACUUUACCAGAUCAAGAAAUAAAGAAAAUCCCAGGACUGGAGAUCAAAUGAGAAACACAUAUGAAGUACAGCAGGCCAGUGGGGAAGUCAGUAAACAAAGAGUGAAAAGUAUAACUCUGCAUGCAAAAGAGCCCCUGAGAGGAAAAACAGUAGGUGAAAAACAUUACAAAAUGUGGGAAGAAGUAGAUGAAAAACACAGUGAACAAAACCAGCCUUUUCUGGGGAACACAACUUGGACGAGGGAGAAGAAAUACAAAGAGAUGCUUCCGAAGAGUCCCAAUGGUUCAGGUGAUAAGCAGAACAUACACCCGAAGAAGAGUGUUCUUAACCCUUUUCAUAGAAUGGUCACAGAAACCCAAAGAAGAGAAGAAAGAAAACUGUCUACAGAAUCAUCUCCACCACUGGUUUCCAAUUCGUCUCAAAGAAGCAAAGAUCAACAACUGGUAGAGCUCACAGAGUUGGCCGAUGACAACUCGAAGUUUCUCCCUUGCAAAACCUGCAACAGAAUGUUCAGAAGUGACCGGCUGGAGACACACACCCAGAUCUGUACAAAGCUGAAAAGAUCUCGUCCAGUUUAUAACACAUCUGCUUAUAGGAAGAAAGGAAUACAAUAAGGAGAAUACUGGAAAACUCACAUCACUAGCAAAAGUUCAGUGGUUAAGAGGAAGAAAUUACAAUAUCACACGGAAAGAUGUGUGACCUCUGCAGGGGUCGACACCAAGCUGUAAAGAAAAGGCCAAGAUGACCCGAAUAAGACAUGGACCUUCAGAUUUUCUGCUAUCAAAUGACCCCUCUCAUCUCAUGUGAUUGCAAAUUGUCUUCUAAAAAAAGUUCCUGUACAAAAAUACAUUUUUACCAUUUUAA